AUGGGUGCAAUUGAGGAUCACUCUCAGCAUGUCGAGGGAGCUCAAGCCGAGGAAACCAACACCGGCAUUAUCGAAGCUGAAAAGGGAGAAGCAUUUUACAUUGAGGACAGAAUGGCUCAUCUUACCGAGGAACAUCGCCAGUACCUGCUCGCUCGUCAUGGCACUCUGGAUCUCGAUCCAAUCCCAGACAUGAAUGAUGCAGACCCCUACAACUGGCCAACAUGGAGGAAGACUGUCAACUUGACGCUCGUCGUCUUCCAUGCAAUGAUAGGCCUUUUCAGCGCAGCAUCGAUUCAAUCCGCCUUUGUCGAGAUCUCAGCCGAUCUCGGUGUCAGCAUGCAGCGGACCAGCUACCUUGUCUCUCUUUUCAUCGCUGUCUUAGGCGGCGCUCCUCUUUUCUGGCGACCUCUCAGCAAUCGCUUCGGUCGGAGGCCUAUCUUCCUCAUCUCGUUGCUGUUUGCAAUGGUCGGCAACAUUGGCUGUGCUAAUAGUCCUUCUUACGCCACUAUGAGCCUGUGUCGGGCCAUCACGGCGUUUUUCAUCUGUCCGGCUGCUGCGAUUGGAAGCGCAGUUGUCGCCGAGACCUUUUUCAAGAGGGAUCGUGCGCGAUGCAUGGGAUAUUGGACUUUGAUGGUAACUAUUGGUGUGCCAGUUGCACCCUUCUUGUUUGGAUUCAUGGUGAUGCGGGUCGGUUAUCGCUGGAUAUACUGGGUACUGGCCAUUACCAAUGGUCUCCAGUUCAUUCUGUAUUUCUUUUUCGGGUCCGAGUCACUCUACCUACGCAAUGAGGACUCCACCACUUCUCCCUCUGAUUCGAAACAAUCCAUUCUUCACUUCCGCCGGAUCGACCCCUCGCCCCUUCGACUCUGGGACUUCAUUCAACCCCUCUCAUACUUUGCAAAGCCCUGCGUCCUCAUACCCGCCUGUGCCUACGCCAUGAUCUUCCUCUGGGGCAGCAUCACCCUAACGAUCGAGAUCCCCCAAGUUUUCCCCGAGAAGUUCCAUUUCGACAGCCAGCAAGUCGGCCUGCAGUUCCUCGGCAUUAUCAUCGGCUCCGUGAUCGGAGAGCAAAUUGGCGGUCUCAUGAGCGAUCGCUGGAUGGCUCAUCGACAAAAGCGGACUGGCGAGUAUCCGGAUGCCGAGUACCGCUUGUGGCUGAGCUAUAUUGGACAUGCGUUGACGAUCAUGGGCGUCGCCGUGUUCGCAGUGCAGCUCGGCAACGCGAGCGAUACAUGGAAUGUGACGCCUAUUAUUGGCGCGGCUAUUGCUGCAAGUGGGAAUCAGAUUGUGACGACGGUGAAUAUCACGUAUGCGGUGGAUUGCUAUCGUGCGGAUGCGGCGAGUGUGGGUGUGUUUAUUACCUUUGUGCGUCAGAUGUGGGGGUUCAUUGGACCUUUCUGGUUUCCUCAAAUGUUUGAGACUGUCGGUUGGGCAGGUGGUGCAGGAGUCGCGGCUGCGAUGAUGGUUGUUAUCAGCGUCAUCCCGACGAUUAUGUUGCAGUUCAGGGGUGCAAAGUGGCACUGA